CGCAACGCUUUAAAGUCUUCGCUACGGCAACGUAACUGGUCUUUCGCCCAAGUGACCAGUGGUACACGUUUCGAUCCUCCUCUGGUACCAAUUGGUUACAUUUUUUAUUUUAUUUUUUUAAUUUGAUUGACUUUUGUGUGCAGUGGUUUUAUUAAUUGAUCUGGUGCGUGACAACUACUAAUGAAGAAUACUUAGUGGGUGAGGAUACCUAAUUUUUAUAUUUUAAAUUGUUUCAAGAAAAUACCUUAAGGAGUUAAAAUGACAGGCAUUGUAGAAAAAUUGUCAUUUUUGUACCAAUGGCACGCUUUGGCAGUUAUAUCGAUUGGAUACGUUUUGGGAGAACUAGGACAUUACUUAAUCGGUGUAACAAGCAAAGCAAUAGCGAUAGACCUUCACUUUGGCGACAUAGCUUGCCAACUUAACAACACAAAUUACCACUUGAGCGAGCUGCCUUUCCCGUGCAGGGGUGCCAACGAUUCGGACACGUGCCUCUCCUACAAUAUCAACGGUACUCCAUACUGCGAAUGGAACUACAAUGGCUUGGGUCUGGACUAUCAGAUCCUGGCAGGCCCAAGUUUCAUCGCGGUUUUUACCAUCGUCGGGGUGGCUCUGGGUUUUGCCGCUGACAAGUUUAACAGGGUUAAAAUGUUGUCCGUUUGCACCCUGAUUUUUGCUAUCGCGAUUAUCGUCAGCGGCUCAGUGAACGAGUACUGGCAACUGGUGUUACUGCGCAUGAUCAUGGCAGCAGGAGAAAGUGGAUGCAACCCUCUUGCCACAGGAAUCCUGUCCGACAUUUUUUCAGAAGAUAAAAGAGCUCUUGUCAUGUCAAUCUUCAAUUGGGGUAUAUAUGGAGGAUACGGUAUUGCCUUUCCUGUAGGGAGAUACAUUCCCCCUUUAGACAUCUGGGGUACGGGAUGGAGGAUAACCUAUUAUGGAGCUGGAGUAAUCGCUUUAAUAAUGGCUUUUCUUACUUGGUUCACCCUUAAGGAACCUGAAAGGCAGAGCAUCGGUGAAAAUGCCACUUCCGAUGAAAAUGCUAAAAAAGUGACAAUUUGGACGGUUAUAUUGGAACCAAGGGUCAUAAUGCUGUGUUUGGCUGCUUCAGUAAGACAUUGCGGUGGAAUGUGCUUCGCAUACAACUGCGAUUUGUACUACCAACUGUACUUCCCAGACUAUGACCUUGGUUGGUGGUUGUUCGCUGUAACCAUCGUAAUUGGAAGUAUUGGUGUAGUGGUUGGCGGUAUUGUUUCCGAUAAAUUCGUAGCAAAAAUGGGUAUAAGAUCGAGAGUCAUUAUUUUAGCAUUAUCGCAAAUUAUUGCUACGCCACUGGCUUUUGGUAGCGUAUUUUUUAAACCAACAUGGGCCAUGAUCACUUUGGGAUUGUCCUAUUUCUUUGCUGAAAUGUGGUUUGGUAUUCUUUUCGCCAUUUUGGUAGAAAUUGUGCCUUUAAAAGUACGUUCAACGACCGUAGGAAUAUUUUUGUUCGUUAUGAACAACAUUGGUGGAAAUUUGCCGAUUCUUGUGGAACCUGUGUCAAAAGCUAUCGGAUAUAGGGAAAGUCUCUACAUCUUCUAUGUUGGAGCUUAUUUAUUGAGUUCCUUCAUGUUCCUUGGCACAGUCUUCCUGAUGGAGGGGCCCAAAAAACCGGAAGGACAGCCCCAAAAAGAACUCUCAGGCUUCGAUAACACAGUCUUUAGAGGUGACGACCACACCCUCCCAACCAUCACAUCAUUGGUACAAAACGGCAAAAAAAAUUCAGCCGAAAGUAGUCGACUGUAGAUUUUUUUCGGUAUUUUUUUUUGCUUACCAAAUGUGAUAUUCAAUGCAGUACAAUCAAAGACUUUUGCACGAUUGUAUAUAGUUUGUAAUUUGCGUGUUAAGUUGUGUAAAUAUAGUUAAUUUAUUUUUAAUUUUUUUUUCAUUAAAACAACUAUGUUGUAAAUAAGCUCAAAUAAACAAUUAAA